GGCUAUUCUAUCUUUUACUCCCUUAAAUUUUUGAAACGGAAAUGUCAUCGUUGCAUAUAAAGCUUGCAGCCUGGAAUGCAACUGCCAAUCCGACACAGACAACAAAGGUGACCGCAGUAGCAGCCGUUGAGGGCGGCAUUGCCUGCGGCCACAGCGAUGGCAACAUUUGGCUUUACGAAUUGGUGCCACGUACCACCGAUAACACCACACAACUGAGCCUGUAUCCAAAGUCGCUGCUGGCGGGUCACCAGACACAGAUAGAUUCGCCAAUGCGGGACGGCAGCCAGGACACGAUCAUCAGCGUGGCCGACGAUGGCAGCGUGGUAGUCUGGGGCGCCGACGACGGCCGGUGCAUUGCGCGCACACGUACAGCACUGCAGAACAUCCGCCCGAACUCGUCGGGCGAGGAUCUGCUGUUUAUCGUGGGUGAGGGCGGUGCCGUGUACCUUGUCUACGACUCGCUGGCGGUUCGCAAGCGCAAGGACCAUUUCCGCAGCGAGCUGAUUACAUGCGCAAGCGACGGCGUGCGCGAUGUCCUGGUGGAACUCGGCAUGGGCGUCAGCAGCCCAGAGUCGGCAGCAGACAGCCCGAUGUUCUAUCUCGAAUCGACGUUUGCGUCGCUGGGCGAAGAGUUUGCCAUUGAGAGCCUGUUUCUGGCAGUGUCGCCAGGCAUUCUGCUGCGGUGGAAGGCUCAGCGGGCGUUUUUGGCAAGAUCCGAUAUUAUCUUCUGGGAUGCCACCGGCAAUAUCUUCAGCGUGUGCUCGUCCGCCGGCAUGCACCUGACGAAGGCGCUGCAUCAUGACAAGACAGGAGAACGGCCGAUGUAUGACGCCCGCAUGGCUGGGCGGACCAACAUUUUUGUGUCGUAUACUAGCGACCUGCCGCCGUCGAUGGUCGCGGGCAAGUCGCCGGACCCAGUUCUGUUCGGUAUGGAUGAGCUGUGGAGACACACGCUGGUGACGAAGUCUGGCAGCAUUGCGCUGGGGUGCGACACAGGCAAGAUUCUGAUCACAUCGCCGGUGGCCAUGAUUGGCAGUGUGGAUGGCCCGGCGAAGCCAUUGGAACUGCUUGGACACACAGCGGCUAUCACGGCACUAUAUGAAUGGUCGGCGAUGGGCGAUAGCGAAUGCGACUACUGCAAUACGGGAGACGACGCGCAAGUACCGGACGAUAGCGCUGACGAUGCCGACAGCACUGGGUGCCAAAUCGCAAGCAAAGACCUGACAAUCCGCAUCUGGGACGCAAUUACCGGCAAGCUGCUGAACACGCUGCCAUCGCAGUCGGCGCCGGUGCCGGUGAUGGAGGCGCUUCUAAAGUCGCACAUUCUGGCCAUUGGGUCAGACAACUCGACCACGCUCAUUUCAAUGAACUAUCUGGACCGUGUAUAUCAUGUGGCGAGGCUGACGUUGCGCGGCGACUCGGGCGACCUGUCGAAGCAGCACAUAGAGCUCGGCCACAUUUCCGAUACGAUGUGUGAUGAUUCCGGCCAGCAGCGGCAGCAUGGCAGCCUGGCCCGUGGACACUCGCCCAUGGCCUCGUCCGCAGCGAGCCACUGGGCCGGUGUGCAGCAGCUGUCGUCGUACGGACGCGGGUCGGCAUGGGGUGGGCGGUCCUCGAUCACGCAGCUGCAGGCAUUGGUGACGCGCUUGAUCCCCGACGGCACGUCCAUUUCCGAAGUGGGGCAGAUUCUGGACAAGGAGCUGCGCAGGCACUCAGACGGGCGAUCGGCACUGCAGCCGCUGAACACCAGCCUGAUGCUGCUGUCGGCGCUGUUUACAUGGGGCGUGUCAGACGAGCUGGACCGGAUCAAGCGGAAGGUGUUUGGCAUGCAGCCGCCGAGGGCAAACAUUUCCUUGGCGAUCAGCAAUAAGCAGCGGGAUGUGCAUACAGUGCUGUUCCCGCACUCGUGGAAGCACCGGCGCGCCAGCUGGUGCGUGUCGUCGCUGCUCAAUUCGCAGCGCAUGCUGGCUAUUUUGGUCCUGGCGCGCGGUGUGUUGCAAGGUAAGCCGGGAAGGAUGUGUUGCUACAUGUGGACUGGGUAUUGUGGACUGAUGUGCUGGAAGCCUUUGGGAAACCCGGCGGCCCGCCCUUGGGGCUCUCUA